CCGAUAGGGAUGGUAUGUAUUACUAACAAACUUUAUAUUACUGUAGUUUAGUUGUGGCUGAAAGCGAGGACAGCCUUUACAUGACUACUCAUAUACUCUUUAUAUUAAUGCAGAAACAAAAUUAUUAUUAUUACUAUUAUUGUAGUUAUCAUUGAUAUUGAGCUCAAAAUGUUGGCAAUAGUUCAUUGGUGAGAAUGAAAGGACUGAAAAAGUUUAGCCAAUAUUUAAUUUUAUCAAUAAUAAUAAAUAGCACUCAUAUAUGUGCUUAUGUUUCAUUCAUUUGACAACAUAUUUCUUAUUAUUGUAAUUCACUUCAAAAAAAAAGUUUUUUCGGGAUUUUUUAUUCGUGAAAUAAUUGGAUAAUUAAAUAUAUAAAUUAAAUGAAUACAACAUAACUGAAAAGCUUUGAUUUUUUAUACAUGAGAUCCAUGUCAUGCCAUAAGUUUGUAAUCAUCAUAACAUAAGUGUCACCAAUACUGAACCCAAACGGGAGAUUCACUGCAAAAACAAUGCUCUUCUCGGAUAAUAAUCGACACAACAUUUCCUCAUCAAACAAAUCAUUGUCAACGCUAUUAUUAUUUAUAGUCGUCUAUUAUAUAAGUGUUUCACGCGUCCAUUGUUUUGCUACCUGUCCUUCGGCUCAGAUAUACAACACAUUAGUUAAUACUAGUGAACCAAACUGUGACUGUUCUCAAAUCCAGGAGGGAGGCUGGGAGAUCACUUGUUAUAGUGGACACCCAACACCUAACAGUCCCACAACACAACAAUCACACAUAGAGUUGGAUGACAUCAUAGUAUUGCCCUAUGCUUUCUUCAUUAGAUAUGAAAUCGGACGACAGGUCCGCAUCACAUGUGAUAAUGGUUUUCCUUACUAUAGACCCGCACUCUUUCAAGGCUUUGGUAUUGAAUCGAUCGACACAUUUAGCUUUGAGAACUGUCCGCUUCCCGACUCAUUGCCAUUGAAUGCUGUCUUACAUCGGACUUCAUCCGUGUCCUCCGUUAAGCCACCAAAAGGUACACCGAGUGUAACCAUAAAUAACAAGAAUCAAGAAGUGUCACAAAAACCCGGAAUAAGUAAAGUGCGAUCCCUUUCAAUAUCACUCAAGAACUCAAUUUCAUUAAAACAAUUUAAUAAUGUUAUGAUUGGAUUGGAAACGUUAGAACAGUUAAGAUUAGAUCAAUUCUUGAUUAACGAUUUUAUUGGUUUAUCUACAAACCAACCAUCAGAUCGUUUAUUAAAUGAUAGCUUUAAUAUUACUGAUAUUAAUGAUAAUAAUAAUUCUACAAAUGAUAAUAAUAAAUUUGAUGAAAACUUUCCUAAUUUAAAAAUAUUAAUUUUAAAGUCAUUUAUGAAGGAUUCUAUGCCGGGAUUAUUGUUUGAAAUGUUAAGCGGUUCACAAAAAUUAGAGUAUUUAGAGUUAGACGCAAACAAUUUGCAAACCAUCACAAAGUCUACCUUUUCAUAUGCGGGCAAAACUUUACGAAAACUAUAUCUGCGUUUCAAUAAUAUAAACAAAAUUGAUUUAAAUGCUUUUGCAAAUCUUACUAAACUUGAGAUACUGGAUCUCUCUAACAAUCAAAUUAGUGAUUUGCCGUCAAAUAUAUUAAAAGAUUUAAAAAGUUUGAGUUUAUUUAGCAUAAGAGGAAAUUUGUUGACAAAACUUCCCGAAACAAUGUUCAGACACAACAACAAACUCAGUGCUAUAGACUUGAGUGCAAAUCAAAAGUUAGUUACAUUUCCCGUUAAUUUAUUGCAAAACUUGGAAAAACUGAUUAAUUUUACGGCAUCUGAUUGUCAACUGACACAACUAAGUAGAAAUCCUCACAUAUUCUUCAAGAACUCCCCAAACAUUGAAAAUAUUCAUCUGAAUGGAAAUUUUUUAACAAAUUUGACAAUUAAUGGUUUGUUUGGUGCAAAUCCCAAACUAUCAACACUUAAUUUUUCAUACAAUAAUAUAUCACAAAUAAGUCGUGAAAUAUUUAGCUCAAACUCAUCGCAGAUAAUUGAACUGAAUUUUUAUGGCAAUGAAAUUGAAGAGUUGCCCGAAAAUAUAUUUUCACAGUUAAGAAAUUUACGAAAAUUAAACUUUGGUUUCAAUCAGUUGUCUGAAACAAAUCCGCAUUUAUUUUUGCCGCUUCAGAAUCUAGAAGAACUGUAUUUAAAUAAAAACAAUUUGAAGACAACUAAUAGCGAACAAAAUAGACUACCAUUUGGUUUGGGAUCAAAGUUAAGAAAAGUUAAUCUCAGUUACAAUGAAUUAAAUAAUUUUGAAUCUGAUUUUAAUUCAAUUAAUUGGAGUCUAUAUUUAAAUAUAGCAGAACUUGAUUUAAGACAUAAUAACUUUAGCGGCAAAUUUCGUGUCCCAGUGUUUAGCUCAUCCAUUGCACCCAUCGUUAACCUCGACCUCAGCUCUAAUAAGUUUACAUCUGUUGACAUUCAGGAUGUUGUUAAUUAUGAUAAGCUAUCCAUUGAUUACAAUCACAAUGAAGAUGUGACCGCCGGUGAAGCUAUUCGACGAACAAGAGAUAACUCUUUGAUUAAGACUAACAUAUGGGAGACACACAUACGGCUCGAUAAUAAUCCUAUAAAUUGUGACUGUUUUUUGGAACCAUUUCUUAACUAUGUUAAGACAUCUCAAACAACAUUAUAUGCCAGCAGAUCAUCGGAGACUACAUAUAGAAAGAGUAUAUUUUUGAUUGAAACGGAGGAACCCAUGUGUGACAAACCGGACCACUUAAAGGGCGAACCAUUGGCACAGUUAGAGCUCUCGCAACUCAUAUGUGUGCUUAACGACCAAAAUAUCUGUCCUUCAAAUUGUGAUUGUGUUUAUCAAAGCAGUGAUUCUACUGUUGUGAUCGAUUGUGACCAAAAAGGUCUACAAUUAUUACCACAAGAAUUAAUUUUAUCGCGUUAUCACAAUAUAUCACUUGAAUUUAACCAUCGCAUUGAUAAUAUUCGAGGUGUUAUCGUUCAUCUUAAGCAUAACCAUAUUCAAGACAUUGAACCAAUUAAUCAGAUGUUUAUUUGGGGCAAUAAAAUGAUGAAAAAACCAGAGUUUGUUGACAUUUAUUUGGAUAACAAUACGAUAUCUGAUGUCAGCGAAGAUAUUAUACCACAGUUUUAUAGCUUCAAAAACGCUUCUUUACCUUUGAUUAGAGUGCUAUCUCUAAGAAACAAUUACAUCACUUCAAUGCCAUUAAGUAUUUUAAAAAACUUUGAUUCGUUCGCAUCUUUUCUUAAUGAAAAUGGAUUAUAUGAUCCAAAGUUAUAUCUCGGAGACAAUCCAUAUGACUGUCAUAAUGAGCCGUCAGCUCCGGGAUCUAUGUGCCAAAUACGCGAAUUUCAGCGAUGGCUUAACAAUCAUAACGAAAGAAUUGGUGAUUUGAAUGCCAUUAAAUGUGAUAACUUAACCCUUAACUCCAGUUCCACUAUAAGACAAAUGCCGGACGAUAUCUUGUGUCCCGUGUUUUAUCAGCCAACAAAUGAAACACUUUUGCUGACACUUACCAUAACAUGUGUUAUAUUAGCAAUUAGUCUGUUUAUAGUAUCGGUGCUCUAUUAUCGCAAUAAGCAGACAAUCUUAGCCUUUAUUUAUAUCCAUUUGAAUCCUAUAUUUAUAUGUAUGAGCUUUAGUGAAGACGAUUUGGACAGCGAUAAGAUAUACGAUGCUUUUGUUUCGUAUUCCAGUGCCGACAGGGAUGUAGUCAUGAGUCUGAUUGAAAUGCUUGAGAAACCUAAUAAUGAAGCCAACCUUAUAUUACACAAUACUACCGGUGCUUCCAUUCACGAGGGAAUGAAUGAUCAGAUUAUACCAGAAAAUGAGUUUAAAAAGUCUCAGAUAAGCCUAUCGAUGAAUAAUCGGCACUCAAUUGAAACUAAUGACAACAAUAUUGCCAAUAAUGAUAUAUAUUUUAAAUUAUGUAUUCAUGAGAGGGAUUGGUUGCCGGGGAAUCUGAUCUCUUGGAAUAUUGUCAAUAGUGUACAGAACUCGAAGCGUACUAUUCUUGUGUUGUCCAAAGAGUUCAUUGAGUCCAUCUGGUUUCAGGUCGAGUUCCACACCGCUUACUAUCAAAUGCUUGAAGACAAGAUCGACCGAUUGAUUGUUGUGGUUAAGGGUCAGUUGCCUCCUAAAGAGGAACUCGACAAAGAUUUGGCAUUUUUGCUCACGACUAAGACAUACCUGGUUUGGGGCGAGAAAUGGUUUUGGGAGAAAUUGAGGUACGCUUUGCCACACAAAAAGAUACCUAAAAACCAAUUAAAGCAAAUGGACCUCAAAAGUGCUACACAAGCCAUUCAGUCAAAUGGUGUUAAACAAAGUGUUGGCAAACAAACCACAAAUAAUAAGUCAUCCGAAGCCAUGAAAGACGUUGUCGACAACAAAAUUGCUAAUCAUUUUAAUUUGAACUCAUUUUCCACUAAUACUACAAACAUAUCAUCAAAUGGAAAGUUAGCUAAAAGUGGACCAAAGAGUUUGCGAAACUCUUCAACAAUUGUAUCGCAAAGUAGUCCUCAACUGAAAAAUGGAUUUGAAAAUCGAAGUUUUAUUACCGAAACAAAUACAUAA